CGCGACAGUUCCAGCGAUAUAAUCCUAAAUUCGUCAGUUGCUUUUUUUAUGUGACGCCAGACAGUGAAUUAACGAGUGAGGUAUCAAUGAUGACGGACUCAGUAACUGGCGACGUAUCAACAGGAUGUGUCACGCACAUCAAAAAAGAAAUGGAAGCUUUCGCUGAUUGCUCACCAUCGAACAGCGGCAUGUACUCGCCGACAACAACGGUCUUGAAUGAAACCAUCAUUAGAUCGGCAGACAGUAAGAUCGAUUUUCACGAAAGCAGCUAUGAAAAAAGUUUACGAUCUCCAAGUAGUCCGGAACGACAGUAUUGCUCCUCAACCACACAACCUCACACUGACUCAGGAAUGGAUACCAACGAAGGUGAAAUAAAAGAGGAAGAUUCCCCACGAAGACUCUGCCUCGUUUGUGGUGAUAAUGCCUCAGGUUUUCAUUACGGUGUAGCUUCUUGUGAAGCUUGUAAAGCAUUUUUCAAACGGACAAUACAAGGUAAUAUUGAAUAUACAUGCCCAGCUUCAGGAGAAUGUGAAAUAAACAAAAGAAGGAGAAAAGCAUGUCAAGCAUGCAGAUUUCGGAAGUGUCUGCGUUCGGGAAUGCUCAAAGAAGGGGUUCGACUGGAUCGGGUGAGAGGGGGUAGACAAAAGUAUCGUCGAAAUCCAGAUAGUCCAUAUCAAGUACAAGUUGUGUCUGCACAGAGGCCUUUGCUUCUUUUAGAAGGAAGGUUGCAGUUUGCGACAGAUUUCAUACUGGAUGAGAAGCAGUCGAGGGAUUGCGGGACUCUGGAACUUUAUCAGACAUGUUGCCAUGUCGUCGAAAGGUUAGAUAAUCUAUCAAUAUCGAAAGAAGAAUAUUACCUCCUGAAAGCCCUAGUUCUCACCAAUUCUGAUGUGAAAAUAGAACAGUACCAUUCGCUGAAAAAAUUUAGGGAUUCCAUCUUAACUGCCCUAUCAGACGCUAUAGGCAUUCUCAGAGAGCUCAAUUUUCCAGCUUUUUGUCUCAGUAUGUUGCUGUGCCUGCCCGCAUUGCGACAAGCGAACUAUAUUGUCAGAAGGUUCUGGUCAGACGUUCAUCAACAAGAUCUAGUUCCAAUGAACAAGUUGUUUUUAGAAAUGUUGGAAGCGUACUGCCGGUAGCCGUUCUAACUGUCUCCCAAAUAGCACUACAGGAAAAUUUGUGACAAAGUCACAAUUUGGGAAAUUUGUAAUUUUCCGACAGUGACUUUUUGCUUUUUCAGAAACGCGAACGAAAAUUUUUAAGGAAUAAUUAUAAGAUGUAACUAGUUACUGGUAAGAUAGAAUUAUGAAUGUUUGCGACUUCAUAAAAAGUGUUUUCUGAUUAAUAAGGCUGUGACGAACUGGCAGGACAAGCGAUUUUUUAUCCCCUGAAAAUAUACACGAGUUUUUAUUGUGUUUGUGAUAUCCAGACUUUCGUGCACUUAUAAGUUCCACACAUCACGCAAAUUUUCUUGUAGAAUUAUAUCUGUUGCUUAUCCUGAGAUUUUUAGGUGGAAGAUGAUAGGGUAGAAGUAAUAGAUGUUGAUCAUUUUUUGAAAACGAGAGAUAAAUAGGUUGGGAAAUGACUCUUAUAUACUUGUCAUCAAAUAUUUGACUCGAACAAACUGCAGGCAGUUGUUGAUUCGAGAAUAAUCGUGUUGUAAGCUCAGUGAUAGAUGAUUAGAUGUGGAUAUUCCCUUACUUUAGUUGAAAAUAUCCCAUAACUUUGUGUGAUUGUUUUAUAGAUAUUACAUCAGUCAGAUGUUUAACUUGUCAAAAAACUUGUACAUAUUAAAGGUUUUAUAAGUAUGCUGGCAAUAAAAAAUGAAGUAUAAUUCUA